AUGGCCGGAUCGACACUGUUGAAUGUGUCCGCGCAGGCGGAAGACACGGUUACCGCGGUGCAUGCUUUCCCGGAAACUCUCAUCUACACCAAGAGCUUCCUUUCCUUCGUGGACAAGGUGAACGAGGCCGGUAAGGGAGUUGUGCAAAUCGAGGUGCGUGGUGGGCCCGAGGCGAUUGGCAUGUUCCAGCAACCAGAUGCGGUCCGGGACGGCAUCGUCGACAUGGUCUACACUCCAGGUUCCUUCUACGGCGGCGCUUUGCCGGAAAAAGACGCAAUGGUCGCCUCAAACCUGACGGCCGUCGAAACCCGCGAAAAUGGCGGCAUUGAACUUAUCGACCAGAUCCACCAGGAAAAGAUGGGGUUGAAGUAUCUCGGCUGGUUCGACAGCGGCGUUUGCUACAAUCUCUGGACCCGUAACGCACCGACAUUCGACGAGAGCGGCAAUCUCGAAGUCGAGGGCCUGAAACUGCGCGGCAACAACGUCUACAACGCAUUUUUCACCAACUAUCUCGGCGCACAGGUAAUCGACUUGCCGACGGGUGAAGUCUAUUCCGCGCUGCAACGCGGGGUCGUCGACGCGACCGGCUGGACGCAAAUCGGUCUAAUCGACCUGAAAUGGAACGAGUUCCUGAACUACCGUAUCGAGCCAUGUUUCUUUUCGACCGAUCUGGGCGUGAUCAUCAACCUUGAAAAGUGGAAUUCGCUGUCCGACGAGUCCAAGAAAAUUCUGCAGGAUGUUGCGAUCCAGCAUGAAAAGGACAGCGUCGCGGCACUGAGGGCCAAGCGGGACGAGGAUUUUGCCGCGCUUGACGCAGCCGGCAUGACAGUAGUCUCGCUGGAAGGCGACGCAAAAGCCAACUACCUGGCGGCCGCACGUGAAAAAACCUGGGAGCGGAUGAAAGGCCUGAUGGCGGAUCAACCAGGUGGAACAGACAAUUACGACAAGCUGAUUGAGUUGUUCUACGAUUUGAACGCCGCAAAUUGA